AUGUGUUCGUUCGACUCGACCGAGGCUCGUAUGAUUGCCGCCCCAUCUCGGCCCACUUGGGCACACAUUCUCUCUCACUUGCGCUCGCCUCGGCUACUUCCGGCACGAGGAGUUGUCACCUUUACAGACAAACACGCAGACUUGAACACACAAACAUACUCAGACACAGACUUGGACACAAACGAGAAUUCAAACAGAGACAUAAACAAAGAUAAAGCCGCAUCUGCCGACACAGAUACACACACAGACACAAACACAGUUGCUGAAACAGACGCAGACAUACAGGCACAUGGACAGAAGCAGAAGCAGACACAUACACAGACACAGAGCAAGACACGGAGACAAAGAUGUAAAUACAGAUACAGAUACAGACACAUACACAGACACAGACACACAAACGCCAACAAGGUCGCGAAUGGUAUCAGGCUGAGCCUGUCUCGUCGUUGGGGUCGGGGUGGUCUGGCCUCCAGCCUGUUCCCUCGACGACGGUCCUCUCCGACUGGCUCGUGUCGCGGUCGCACACCGACAGCCUGUGAUUGGCCAUGUGGGAUGAGCAGGCCAGAUCAAUAA